AAGAAAUUUGUAUUUUAUAAAGGCAAGAAUCUCAUUUACUAUCCGGUCCUCUUUAUAAUAGCUUUAGCCCUGGCUAAUAAUGCCUUUAAGAACAAGUUUACUUCUCUCAAGCAGAUUUAUAAUCUAGUUAUUCCGAGUACUACUAAUCGAAUCCGUCUAAAGUAA